UCCGGCCUGCACCGACGCGCGGCUGGCGGGACCAUGGCGCUGCAGGAGACGCUGUGUUCCGGGAGUCUCCUGGCCUGGCCUGGCGUACUGCUGUUCGGUGACUCGAUCACCCAGUUUUCUUUCCAGCCCGGCGGCUGGGGAGCGGCGCUGGCGCACAGACUGGCCAGGAAGUGUGACGUCCUGAACCGUGGGUUUUCAGGCUACAACACCAGAUGGGCCAGAAUCAUCCUGCCGAGGCUCAUCGGGAGGGCCAGCGGCCUGGACAGCCCCGUGGCCGUGACCGUCUUCUUCGGGGCCAACGACAGCGCGCUGAAAGGUGAGAACCCCAAGCAGCACGUCCCCCUGGACGAGUACGCGGGGAACCUGCGGGGCAUGGUGCAGUACCUGCAGUCCGUGGGCGUCCCCGAGAGCCGGGUCAUUCUCAUCACGCCGCCCCCCCUUGACGAAGCGGCCUGGGAGAAGGAGUGCAUCGCGCAAGGUCACAGAUUAAACCGCCGGAACGCGGUUGUCGGAGAAUACGCCAGUGCGUGUGUGCAGGUGGCUCAGGACUGUGGCACUGAUGUCCUCAACCUGUGGGCCCUGAUGCAGGAGGGCAGCCAGCCUGGUAGCUGUCCACACACGUCACUGCACGCCGGGAACAGGGGAGACAGCAGCCAGUUCUGCCAGCAGCUCUGCGGGGAGCAGCCCUGGACCGCCAGGCUCCUGUCUCUCCCAGCUAAGCCGGGGGCUCGGCAGCUCGCUUGAACACGGAAAGACCCACAGCCAGAGCUCGCUACUCGAGGAGGGGAACGGCGGGUGCGGGUCACGCGUCCUUUUCACUUUACCGCGCUGGGAUUCUGGAGCGGAGGCUCUUCCUGAGGGGAGGGUGUGACGGGAGUCAAGUCCUCACACCAGGCCGGCGCCGUGGCUUAACAGGCUAAUCCUCCGCCUUGCGGCGCUGGCACACCGGGUUCUGUCCCGGUUGGGGCGCCGGAUUCUGUCCCAGUUGCCCCUCUUCCAGUCCAGCUCUCUGCUGUGGCCCGGGAGUGCAGUGGAGGAUGGCCCAAGUGCUUGGACCCUGCACCCGCAUGGGAGACCAGGAGAAGCACCUGGCUUCUGGCCUCGGAUCAGCACCGUGUGCCGGCCUCAGCGGCCAUUGGAGGGUGAACCAAGGGCAAAGGAAGACCUUUGUCUCUCUCUCUCACUGUCCACUCUGCCUGUCAAAAAAAAAAAAAAAAAGUCCUCAC